AUGUCUGCACGCCGCUUCUCUGGACCUUUGGCCGUGACUGUGGUCAUCGAGAUGGAUGCCACCCGCCCUCGCGCCAAUUCCGAGCCUGGAGGUCACUGUGGCUCUAUUAGUCUAUCCCCUGAGGAAAGACGCGUUGCUCGUGCCCUUCGCCUGCAGACCAACCCAUACUCGAACCAUGAUCUGGCCGACAAGCCGUGGUUGCACCCUCUCCUGGAAUCCCCUUCCAUCUCUUCUCCCAUCCCUGAGGAGCAGGAGCAGCCCUGUGAGAAGGGCCAGGACCCCAUCAUCACCGACAAGGAUGAGCUGGAAUGGCUUGCUUGCGCCCAAGAGCUCCCUCCUCAGCUGGGCACCGAGACCACUAGACGUUUCUGGGAUUUCUUCUCCCUUUACAGACUGAUUUUCGCCUUCACUAUCCUUGCCAACCUCAUUGCCACCACUUUGGCUAUCUCUCUCACCCGUAUCACCAGCUCGGACGCUGCCACGGGCGCCGCCAUCAACCUUUGCAUUGCCAUCCUCGUCCGCAACGAGCACGUUGUCAAUGCCAUGUUCCGCUCCGUGUGCACUCUCAAGCCUUCAGCACCUCUGUCGGUGCGCAGAAUUGGAGCCAAAGUCUAUUCAUAUGGUAGCUUUCAUUCCGGUUGCGCGACAGCUGGAACGCUCUGGUACCUGGCCUUCACCAUUCUCCUGGGCGUCGACUUCAGGAACCCGGACAACAGGUCCGCUUUCACCCUGGCAGCGUUUGUCAGCAUACUUCUCCUGGCUAUUGGCCUGUCCGCGCUCCCUGCGUUCCGUGUCUCUCACCACAACACCUUUGAAGCCGUUCAUCGCUACGCUGGUUGGACCUGUAUCGGCCUCCUUUGGGCCCAGCUCGGUGCCUCAGUCUUCGCCUCGCACCAGCUAUACGGCGAGUCUCCUGGUUUUCUCCUGGCUGAGAGCNCCCUGUUCUGGUAUCAUGCUUCCAACGAGAGUAUGCUUUGGCACGGCUCUCAGUGGACAUCUGCAGGUNGCUUAAUUGUUAUCACCUUGGCCAUUGUCUAUCCCUGGAGUCGUCUCAGGGAACGCGAAGUCCGUGUCCAGGUUCUCUCACCGGCAGCUGCUCUGCUCUACUUUGACUACAAGCGUAUGGACACAUGUCAAGGUAUCCGCAUCACCGACAGUCCACUCAAGGAGACUCACUCUUUUGCCACUAUCUCUAGAGUUGGCGACGAACAGGGCUUCAGAGUGCUCAUGUCGAGAGCUGGAGACUGGACGUCUAACUUCAUCGACAACCCUCCCACUCGCAUCUGGGUCAAAGGUGCACCUAUCUUUGGCGUGAUGCGCGUAGCUCUCAUGUUCAAAAAGGUCCUCGUCGUUGCAACCGGCACUGGCAUUGGCCCAUGUCUUUCGCUCUUGGAAAGCUGCCCCGAACACCCCAUGCAUGUACUCUGGAUGAGUUCCAACCCUAGAGAAUCCUUCGGCGACGCUAUCAUCAAUUCGGUCUACACAGCAGACUCCGGCGCAUGCAUCGUUGAUACCUCCAAGGCAGGCAGGGGUGACAUUGUCAGAUUGGCUCACGCCAGAUAUGUUGAGUCUCAAUCGGAAGUAAUCAUCAUCAUCUCCAACGCCAAAGUCACCAGAAUGGUAGUCGGCGGCCUUGAGUGCCGUGGCAUUCCGGUGUUUGGCGCCAUCUUCGACUCCUGA